AUUUUGUUAUGUACGUUGUUAGUGUUCUUCUUAUAACGAUUGAUGUUUGAUUACAGAUUGAAGAGGCUAUGGGUGGUAUUUUGUUCGUUGAUGAAGCAUAUCGUUUAGCACCUGUGCGAUCGCAAGGUCAUUCCCAAGACUUGGGUGUCGAAGCAUUGGAAGAGAUUAUGUCCGUGUUGGAAGAUGGGAAUAUUGUGGUCAUUUUUGCAGGCUAUACCGACCCCAUGAAGCGUGUGUUCUCUUCAAACCCGGGGUUCUGCAGAAGGGUGACUCACUUCUUCCACUUUGACGAUUUUUCAUGCAAAGAUCUUGCGGAGAUGUUGACGAUAAAGAUGAGUAAGCAAGACAAGAAGAGCCGAUUGUACGGAUUUAAGCUCCAUUUUUCGUGUACUCAUGACGCUGUUCUUCGAGUGAUAGAGAAGAACUCCACUGAGAAGCUGCGGAAUAAAAUGAAUGGAGGUUUGGUAGAUCAUAUGCUGAACAAUGCUCGAGAGAAUCUUGAUUUGAGGCUGACUUUCGAUUCUAAAGGCGAUGAACUAUCGACAAUCAAAUUAAGUGAUUUGGAGGCCGGACUUAAAAUGUUAUCGGACGGAGUCAAUGUUGACUAAAAGAUCGAUGAAACUGAUA